GUCAUGGAAAUCAUAGAUCAUGUUUGCAGAUAUCUACCUAUAAAGCGAUCCUAUAUAGGACGUAAAAAGGGGUCAAUAUUAAUGUGAUUGUACCCAGCAAUGCUUUUUUUCUAAUAAGACGAAUCACAAACCUACAAACUCCCUAGAAGAUGCUCUUCAUUAAUCCAAUGGUCUCACUGAAGGUGCUAACUUUGUCAUUCCUUGCCUGUCAGGCAACGGCAUUUCUGAACGCUACUGAAACUAGUACUCAAUUCACUCUUCAGAAUGACGACUUGCUGGUAGUUAUAAGUAAAAGCAGUGCGGGGGUUUCUAAGAUACUUCUAGGAAAUGAAGAUCUUCUAGGUUCAAGUGGAAGAGGGCCGUACUUAGACUGCUCCUGUGUUCCUAGCGGUUUCUGGGCCCCUGGAGCUACCGCCAAAUUCCAGCUCUUCAAGGGGACCGACGCAACCGGAACACCGUACGGAGGCGUCGUGAUGCAAGAUACUUACGCAUCUACGAACCAGACACUGGGACAAUAUUGGUUUCUAAGAGAAGGCGAAACCGGCUUGCAUGUUUUCUCCCGGGCCACCUACUACAACGAGAAGACGCCUUUCCUUCGAGGUCUUGGUGAACUACGGACGCUGUUCAGGCCGAGCACGAACUUGUGGACUCAUCUUGUCAGUAGCGAAGGCAAUUGGGCGCCCUUCCCUUCCUCCCAAGCUACUAGCAGGGCAAUCACCGUCCAAGAUGCGACGACUUAUCUCGGCAAUACGACUAGCGAUCCCUAUGUAGAACAAUAUUCAGAUUACUUUACCAAGUACACCUUUUCUGAGGUUUGGCGUGACCAUGAUGUUCACGGACAAUACUCGGAUGGAUCGACUAGCUCUGACGGAAACACUUACGGCGCCUGGCUGGUGCAUAAUACGAGAGAGACGUAUUAUGGUGGGCCGUUACACUCAGAUCUGGUCGUUGACGGCAUCGUGUACAAUUACCUGGUAUCAGGCCACCAUGGCGCUCCUACCCCUAAUAUGACAAAUGGCUUCGAUCGAACCUGGGGUCCGCAAUACUAUCACUUCAAUAGGGGCGGGAAGGAUUCUACACUCGAGGAACUCAGGGCCGACGCAGCGCAGUAUGCUAAUCCAGAGUGGAACAGCGAAUUCUACGACAGCAUCGCUCAGCAUGUUCCCAACUACACCCCAACGUCAAAGCGCGCCACAUUCAAGGCCACCAUCGACGUACCAGAGGGCGGAAAGCGGCCCAUUGCCGUCCUCUCCGAAAACAAGCAGGAUUUUCAACUGAACGUCUUCGAAAUGUCUAGUCUGCAGUACUGGGCUGAUAUUGACCCCAGUACUGGAACAGUGGAGAUCCCCAUGGUGAAAGAAGGUACUUACAGGUUGACCGUAUACGCGGAGGGCAUCUUUGGAUGGUUCAUUCAGGAUGAUGUCGACGUAUCGAAGACCUCGGAUGCAUAUAACUUCCAAUGGAAGCCAGAAAGUAAAGGCAAAGAAAUAUGGCGAAUCGGCACACCGGACAAAUCAGCGGGAGAGUACAGACAUGGUUAUGCGCCGGAUACGUCGAAGCCCUUGCAGCCCGAACAAUACCGCGUCUACUGGGCUAAUUGGGAUUUCCCAACUGACUUCCCAGACGGUGUUGUCUUCAAGGUCGGAGAAAGCAAGGAGGCGGAAGACUUCAACUACAUCCACUGGAGCGUGUUUCCCGGACCUUCCAAUUACUUCCGGUCGCAGCCAUACUACGAAAAUGUCAAUAAUUGGACCAUCCAGUUCAAUCUCACCAGUGAUCAGCUUACUGGUGACGCCCAGACGGCGACGCUGACAGUCGAACUUGCGGGUGCCAAGACAGCCAACGGCAACGACAAGUGGGCAUCGCUUCCCAACGAGAAGUACUCGAACCUGCCCUACACCGUCGCCGCCAACGGAAGGGAUAUCAGCACGUGGACCAUACCAUCUUACCGUAGCGGUUCGUGUGGUGCCCGAAGCAGUGUGGUCUGCCAGAAUUUCGGCAACGAGUUCUCGUUUGAGGCGGCAGAGUUUCUGAAAGUGGGAUUGAACGAAUUCACCUUAAGCCUGCCGUUCAAUGCGACAGAUACCGAGACGGCCUUGUUGCCGGCCACUGUGUACGUACAGUAUGAUGCGUUGAAGUUUGAACUUAGUUAGAAUAGGGGGUUUGUUUGAAGUCACCCACCGAGGGAUUAACUACCUACUUUCUUUUAAAAGAGCCAAGAAUUAUAUAAACUUCUUGAUAAAAUGGUAGUAGUUGGCGAUCCAUUGGCUUAGUCCAAGCUUACUGCUAAAAUAGGGGCAUAUGUCCACUAGAUAUUAG